AUGGACAACCUGCGUGAGACCUUCCUCAGCCUUGAAGAUGGCUUGGGCUCCUCUGAUAGUCCUGGGCUGCUCUCCUCAUGGAACUGGAAAGACAGGGCAGGGCCCUUUGAGUUGAACCAGGCCUCUCCCACUCAGAGCCUCUCUCCGGCUCCCUCCCUGGAGUCCUAUUCUUCUUCUCCCUGUCCAGCCGUGGUCAGACUGCCCUGUGGGCAUGGAGAUGCCAACAAUGGGGGCAGUGAUGUCUGCAGCAGCCUUGGCACUGGUGGCCUGGUGGAGGUGGACUACAAUAUGUUAGCUUUCCAACCUGCCUAUCUGCAGGGCUCUGGUGGCCCUAAGGCCCAGAAGGGCACCAAAGUCAGGAUGUCUGUCCAGCGGAGGCGGAAAGCCAGCGAGAGGGAGAAGCUCCGGAUGAGGACCUUGGCAGAUGCCCUGCACACCCUCCGGAAUUACCUCCCACCUGUCUACAGUCAGAGGGGGCAGCCGCUCACCAAGAUCCAGACACUGAAGUACACCAUCAAGUACAUCGGAGAACUCACAGACCUCCUCAACAGUGGGAGGGAGCCUCGCUCCCAGAGUGCUUAA